AUGCAGCGUGUGGAAACCGUGCUGAUCUCAAUCCUCUCCCUCCUCAACGACGCGGAAGUCUCGUCGCCCGCCAAUGCCGACGCAGGCGUAAUGCUGCGCAACAAAUCCGACGAGUACAAAGGCCUGGUUAACAAGGAUCUCGAGCUGUCGAAGCAGGAGAUCCCCGCGGGUCGUUAG